CUGGUACCUCUGAGAGCUGUAGGACCAUCUCUCAGGGCAAUGGAUGCUUGGGGACUCACCACGACUGCCCUCCUGGCUUGUGUCAUUUUCCUGACCUUUUUGUCUCUAUGGAGCCAAGGAUUCAAAAAAGGAAAGUUCCCACCAGGUCCCACUCCUCUUCCCUUUAUUGGCAACAUCCUGCAAUUAGAUUUGAAGAACCUCGCUGCAUCAUUCUCACAGCUGAGUGAAAAAUAUGGCCCCAUCUAUACUGUUUAUUUUGGAACCCAACCUGUCGUGGUGCUACAUGGAUACAAUAUGAUGAAGGAAGCUCUAAUUGAUCAAGGAGAUCGUUUUCUAGAGAGAGGAAUUGUAUCAUUGUUUGAAGAUGUAAUCAGAGGACAAGGAGUUGUUUUCAGUCGUGGAGAGAGAUGGAAACAAAUACGAAGAUUUUCCCUCAUGACCCUAAGGAACUUUGGGAUGGGGAAGAGAAACAUUGAAGAGAGAGUUCAAGAAGAAGCCCAAUGCCUGGUGGAGGAGCUCAGGAAAACAAAGGGUCAGCCCACUGAUCCCACCUUCAUCCUUGACUGUGCCCCAUGCAAUGUGAUCUGCUCUAUCCUGUUCCAUGAUCGAUUCGAUUACAAUGAUGAGAAAUUUCUAAAACUGAUGAACUUGUUAAAUGAAAACUUUCGGCUGCUUAGCUUACCAUGGACACAGCUCUACAACUUUUUACCAGCAUUCAGAGUGUACCUCCCUGGAAAGCAUAAGAUAUUUUCUAGAAAUAUAGAGGAAAUGAAACAUUUCAUUUUGGAAAGAGUGAAGGAGCAUCAAAAGAGACUGGACCCCAGCAAUCCUCAAGACUACAUUGACUGCUACCUCUCCAAAAUGCAGCAGGAAAAAGAUAAUCCGCAGUCUGAAUUUGACUUAGAGAAUCUAAAAAUGACUGGAGUAGACUUAUUUGUUGGAGGAACAGAGACAACCAGCAGUACCCUAAGAUAUGGACUGCUGCUCAUUCUGAAACAUCCUGAGGUCCAAGCAAAAAUUCAUGAGGAAAUUGAUCGUGUGAUUGGACGUAAUCGAGCUCCUUCCAUAAAGGACAGACAAGAUAUGCCCUAUGUGGAUGCUGUGGUGCAUGAAGUGCAAAGAUUCAUUGACCUCAUCCCUCUGAACCUGCCCCAUGCGGUGACCCAGGACAUCCAGUUCCAACAGUAUGUCCUGCCCAAGGGCACAACAAUCUUCCCACUGCUCUCCCCAGUCUUGUGUGACAGCAAAGAGUUUCCCAACCCUGACCAGUUUGAUCCCCAGCACUUCCUGGAUAAGAAUGGGAAAUUCAAGAAAAGUGACUACUUCAUGCCAUUUUCCAUUGGAAAACGGUCUUGUCUUGGAGAGGGCCUGGCGAGGAUGGAGUUGUUUUUGUUCUUUACCUCUAUUCUACAGAAUUUUACUCUCAAACCAGUUGGAGAUCCAAAUGGAAUUAGCAUGAAGAACAACCAUAUUGGGUUCAUCAAUAUUCCACCACAUUACCAACUAUGCUUUCUUCCUCACUAAGAAAGAAGAAAAAGUUCAUUUAGUAAAUUAGCCAGCUAUUUUCAUCUUCUGGACUCAAUACUCUCAUGUUUUUGAUUGGAAUCCCCUUGAGGGAAAGAAAAAUUCACUUAUUGAUUAAAAUGUUUCUUAAUUUCCAGAGGCAAGGCAGGCUAGUGGAGUACCUUGUAUGUAAUUUUGUAAUAGGGACUGCCUUUUAGAUACUUAUGUGCAAACCUCUCCCAAAUGUCUCCAGCCAUGUUCUGAUUCACAGCCCCAAUUCCAAUUUUUGGGUGUGUGUAAAUGAUCUGAAAAUAUUUCCCCAGAAAACCCAUAUUAAUUUGUUCUUUUGUUUUCAAAUAUCCUCAGGGAUGAUCUUCUUUUGUAUUACAUAGCCACUGUUUGUGAAUUUGGGGUACAAUAAACAGCUGUGUUGCUAAUCAUACCUGA